AUGCAUCGUUACAAAGUCAAUGCAAUGGUGGGAGAGGGCUCUUUUGGUCAUGUCUAUAAGGCGCUUCGGAAAGAUGACAAUCAGAUUGUGGCCAUUAAAGUCAUAUCAAAGAGAGGCCGCACCAGCCGUGACUUAAAAACCCUUCGCCGUGAAUGUGAAAUACAGGCCCAUCUCAAGCACCCCAACGUCAUUGAAAUGUUAGAAUCUUUCGAAACAAAACAUGAUUUGAUUGUGGUCACAGAGUUUGCCACCAUCGAUUUACAUCGUUAUAUGGAACGUAAUGGUUAUUUGCGGGAGGAUAAAGGACAACGACUGAUAUGUGAUUUGGUGUCCGCGCUCUAUUAUUUACAUUCAAAUCGUAUUUUACAUCGUGAUUUGAAACCACAAAAUGUUUUACUCGAUGAAGAGUUGCGAGCAAAGCUGUGUGAUUUUGGUUUAGCUCGCAACAUGACAAUGAGUACACAUAUGUUGACAUCCAUCAAAGGUACGCCAUUGUAUAUGGCACCCGAGCUAUUGGAAGAGAAGCCGUAUGAUCAUCAAGCUGAUAUAUGGUCGCUGGGAUGUAUAUCAUAUGAAUGUUUGGUGGGUCAUCCACCGUUUAGUACCACCUCUAUAUUGCAUUUGAUAAAAAUCAUUAAAAAGAAUGAAGUCACCUAUCCGGGAUAUUUGAGUCGUGAUAGUCGUUCGUUUUUGCAGGCCCUUUUGGAAAAGGAACCAACAAUGCGAGCCAGUUGGGCUCAAAUUCUCUGUCAUCCCUUUGUCGAAGGUAAACUUUAUAUUAAGGCUGGUGUCAAGUCUGAAAAUUCACCAUUUGUAAAUCCACAAAAUGGAAAAAAUAAACUUAACAAGUCCUCCAGUCACUUCUAUAAUUUCUCAUACAUUUUUAGUAAUCUGAAUAUGGUCAAAGUCAGUCACAAAUUACGUUCUAUAAAAUUGGAUGAAUCUCAAGAUAAUAUGACAUGUUCACGCGAUAGUAUUAAUGCCAUCCCACCCAGUGAUAUGGAAGUCUUGGAAACAGAUGUUGAAGAUAAUAUAAUUGUACCAUUUGCCAAUGAAUCAUUUCAAGGGGAUAAAUUAAUCUCAAAAAAUUUACCAAAUGAAAUGAAAUCUACACCCAUUCUACCAAGACCACACGUUUUGGGUGGUGAGAUGUUGCAAAUACCCGGUGUACAUAUGCCGCUAAUAAAUUCUCAGACCUGCUUUGUUAAUGGCAACAAUAAUAUGAUAUUAAAUAAUUUGGAAGAUAAUUUUACACUUACCAAUACUCUGAUGAAUGAUGAUUAUAAUACCAGCGGUUAUAAUGAUAAUAGUAAUAUGGUCGUAAACACACUACAAGAAAAUUUAGAUGCAAAUGAUGCUGAGAAUUUCAAUGAACAUAAUAACAGUUUACAACAAACCAAUGACGAGCAUAAUACAACUUUAAAAAAUUCUCAAAUAAAUGACGGACAACAUUUGGAAAAUCAUUGUUUUAGAGAAAAUACACAUCGCAUAAAUAAUGAUGCAUCAACGGCAAAGGGUUUGAAACAAGAAUCCACAGAGAAGUUGAAACAUUCUAAACGGGCUGGCGAACAUGAUAAGUCUCAGGAUAAUGAACAAAAAUCGAAUUCUGUUAAGACAUCAAUACAAUCACUGGAGGGGAAACAUAAUACUCAAAAUUCCCCACCAUGUCUAAUGCCCGGCUGGGAUUCAUGCGAUGAAUCUCAAAGUCCUCCCAUGGAAAGUGAUGAAUGGUUGGCAUUUUUACAGCGCACAAUACAAGAAGUCUUGGAUGGUGAAUUGGAUUCAUUGAAACAAAAGAAUUUGGUCAGUAUUAUUGUGGCUCCUUUACGCAAUACUAAAGCCAUACCCAAGGUAAUCGAAAGUGUGGCCGAAUUAUUGUCUCUGCCAUUUGUCUUAAAUGAACCGCUCAGUAUUAUGGAGUCAAUUAACAAGGUCUACAUUGAUUGCAAAAUAGUUCCUAAUCUAAUGUAUGCCUCAAAAUUAUUAAUCUACGAACGUUUGGCGAAUGAUUCCAUUACAUCAUUGCCACGACAAAUACGUACGGUUAAUUAUAUGCGCGAAGAGGAAAUCAAAUGUAUUUCUCGUCUCUAUGAACUGGUGUGUCACUUGGUCCAUUUAAAUCUACAAUUUCUGAAUCAAUUUUGUGAUGCAGUCGCGAUUUUAUCGGCAAAUGAAUUUCUUAUUAAUUUUCUAAAUCAAGAUUUUAAAAAUUCGCAUGCUUUACGUAUUGCCACAAAUAUUUUGGCAUUAUUAUGUUGUGUUCUACGUGAAUUACCCGAAAAUGCAGAACUGGUGGAAAAGAUUAUAUUUUCACCAAAGGUGGAUUUAAGUGCGUUAAUGCAAAGCAACAAUGAUUUGUUACGUUUGCGAAUUUGUAUGCUAUUACGUCUAUUGGGUAGAUAUAGUUUAAGAGCUUUGCAGGCGGCAUGGUCCACUGAUGUGAGGGAAGCAAUUGAAUUGCUGAGUGAAGAUAAUAAUGAGGAUGUUAAAGUGGAGGCUGGUAACACUGUAGAGGAGUUGCGUAAAUUUUCUUUUUAUGCUUAAGUA